CUCCCAUCCAUUGGUUGCGAUGAACGCCCUAGCGUGGCCGAGCAUCCGAGAAAAAUUAUCAGAUAAUCAAAAUAAGGCUGCGGCGAGAACCCGGAUGGUGGGGAAACUUGCUCAACGGCGCUCUCAUCUACUUUCGGCAAGCCCCGUAGACUUCCAUGCACGCUUACUCUCCUCCUCGUGGCUCGGCCCAGAUUCCCGAGCUUGAUCCUCAGAGUGGCAUCAUGGUACAAUGGACAUUACUUGCGUAUUAGCACAUGUGGCCGUACGGGUUGCGCACUGCGAAUGACGGCAUUUAGGCAUAUGGGAACCUAUACGGAAGCAUGUAUCAAUAGUUUAACUGUAGACUCUUUUCUAUGCUUCUUUUGACGGAAGCCUAGGUCCCUUUCUCGCAUUGAUCCUUUCGCCCCCCCCUGCCUGCAUUCCACCAUGUCGCCACACACACCAGCAAAGAACCAGCCAAUCGUAGUGGUUGGUGCAGGCGCGUUUGGCCUGAGCACCGCCCUGCACCUUGCCCAGCGUGGUUAUGAAAAUGUGACAGUCUUUGACAAGCAGCCAUACGAAAAGUCGCACUAUUCGUACUAUGAAGGCUGCGAUGCUGCCUCUGCUGAUGCCUCGAAAAUUAUUCGCUCUGCCUAUGGCGGGCAAAAAGAGUACUCUGACCUGAGCACCGAGGCUCUGGUCAUGUGGAACGAAUGGAACGAAGACCUCAAUACUAUUGACGAGGAUAAGGCCAACGGUCUCACAAAGGAUGACAAAGUCUGGAUGAACAAUGGCGUGUUGAUGUGCUCCGAUCGCACAGAGUUGACCGACUUCGAAAAGGCCUCUGCUGCCAACGCCAACAUCCCAGGCCAACCGCCAUCCGUCCUCACCACCAUCGACGCUGACGAUCUUGCCGAGGCAAAGAAGCGUGGUAUUUCACACAGUCUAGCGCCCUUUGCCAAAGAGGCUACCGGUAUAAUGGAUACUACUGGUGGUGUCAUUGCCGCCGACAAAGCCUGUCUCCUGGCUCUCUACAAGGCCAAGCAGGCCGGAGCCAAGUUUGUCCUCGAUCCCAUUGCAGGCGCCUUUUCGUCUUUCGUCUAUAAAGAAGGCGACGGAAAGGUCGUCUGUGGUAUCAAGACAGCCGAUGGCAAGACACACGAGGCUGCUACAGUCAUCAUGGCCUGUGGUGGCUGGACACCGUCUCUGGUCCCCGAGAUGGACGGCCUCUGCGAAACAACAGCAGGCAGCGUCGCCCUCUUCAGGAUUCCUGCUGACUCUCCCCUGCGCACGAAAUACUCAUAUGCAAACUUCCCUGCAUGGAUGUUCAAGCAGCGCGAAGGAGCAGACGGCGGCCUGUACGGCUUCCCGGUCGACCACAAUGGUGUUAUGAAGAUUGGAUACCGUGGAAUCAAGUACACCAACCCCGUUAAGCAAGCCGACGGCAAAGACCGCAGUGUCCCCCGCACCCGUUGGUCCGUAGAUGAGGCCAUUAUCGAUCUCCCAGUCAAGGCCCAUCAAGUCAUCAAGCGAUUUGUCGACAACUAUAUGCCGGAUCUCGGUGCGGCAGGCAUUGACAUCUGGAUGAGCAGACUGUGCUGGUACACGGAUUCAUAUGACAACCACUACGUGAUUGACAGAGUUCCAGGCCUGGAUGCUGUCAUGUGCGCUACUGGCGGUAGUGGCCAUGCCUUCAAGUUCCUCCCGAACUUGGGCAAAUGGGUCGCUGAUGUUCUUGAGCAAAAGGACAUGGAUCGCGCGUUGGUCAAGGCGUGGCAGUGGCGAUCUCUCAAGAAGGACGAGAAGCCAACAAAUGUGCUGAUGCUAGGACGUGAUGAUAGCCGCACACUGGAGAAUACUGAGCUGAUUUGUGUUGAUGCUUCUGAGGAUCCUGUUACUGGGAUGAAGAAGCUGUCGCUUGCAUAAUUAGGCUGGCUAGAAUUAGAGAAAUAAAACGUGUCUCGUCAGAGUUUAUCGCACUUAUCGUUAAGUAGCCUAGUCAAUAUUAUUUUAUAUCAACCCCUAUUAAUUCGAAAUUAAUAGAUCUUUAAUAUACAUCAUUAUAAAUGCCUAU